AUGCUCGCGAAGGAUGACGUGGACGAAGCGAAGAACGUGGCCCGCGAGUCCCGAGACAUCUUCCAGGAUCUCGAGGAUGCUGCGGGCGAGGCGCGCUCACUGAACGUCAUCCUCAGCGCCAACAUGCUGCACGACGAAGACUUCGUUGACGCCCUGUUUGCCGCCAAGGACGUGCUAUUCUUGUUCCGCGGGGGCGAGAUCGACCCCGAGGACGAGGAUAAGAAGGCCAUAGCCGAUGGUCUUCACGCUCAGGCUAAGGUGCACCUCAGCGUAGGCGAGCUGAAGGAAUCUCAGGAAGCAGCGCAAGAGGCGAUCAAAUACUACGAGCAGGCCAAGAUGACGCCGAAGGAGGCGGCCUAUGGCAUGGGUGGCGCCCUGCAGACCUUGGCCCACGCUUAUUGCCUCGAGGGGGAGCCAGACCUCGGCUUGCCCCACAACGAGAGAGCAGCGGAGCUCUUUGCCGCAGCUGAGGAUGCCACCGGCGAGGCAAUGGCGCGAGCUGUGAUGGCAUAUCAGGACACCAUGUCACGGAUGAAGACGCUGGAGGAUGCGCCUGGCUCCUUCACCGAGCAGUCAAACCAGCGCGUGACGGACAACUGGACAGUCAUGGAUGACGCUAUGGCCAUGAUGAGAGAGCUCCGGGAUCAAGAGGGUGAGGACCAGAUUGGGUCCUUGAUCUACGAGGCAAACCAGAAAGUUGG